AUGCAGGGUAUACCUUGGGACAGCGAUGCAGUGGAUGGCGGCAAGUCUUCCGACCAAGUUUUGUUGGAUUGGUUAGUUACUCCAGGCAACUACCAUAGAUGGGCAACCGCAGGAACAGUGGUGGGAGGCUCGACUAAAGGUUCUAUUCUUCAAGAAAUGAUGCUCAUGUUUAUCGAGCACGGCAUUCAUACUCGAAACGUUCCAAAUAUCAGCAGCAAGAUUAAUCGAGUUGAAGGCGGCUUUUUUGGUGCCUGCGAUAUGCUCAAAAAAGCCCCUAAAGGACCGGAUGGACAACCGAUUGUUACUGCCAAGAUGACGAGAGUGUGCAAGUACUUUGAUUUGCUGUAUCCUAUUAUGGGCGAGUACUCGCAAUCGGCGAUGGUUAUCUCUCUCAAGCCGGUUCAGUCGCUUGAAGCAGAGUCUGACAAACUUGCGCUUGUUGUUGAGCCAACACCUGAUGGCACUCCGAUAUCAGAUGCUGUGGACAGUUUAGUUCUCAUGGAAACACCAGCUUCAACGGCUGAUUCGUCUCCUGCUCCUAUUCGCGUUGUCGAUGACGAUACAAUCCCAGAGGUUAACGUUGGUCUGGUGCCAGCCCCUCUUCCUGAAUUAAUACCAGCACAGAUUACCGCGAAGCGUAGAUCUUCUACAUUUAAACCAACUCCUGUGUCUCAAUCAUCAACCAAAAAUACCAAGCCAAGCCAUCAAAGCGGUCGAUCUGCAACACAGCGUCCAAAUGACGAGUAUAUUGAUGACGAAGAGUUGGCUGAUCUUUUCAACUCUGAACUAGAAGACGAUGAUUGGCUUUUAUCACAACCAAAGCAGCGUGAUUUAAAAGCCAAUAAAAAAAGAGCCUCUAUUGUCAAUGCAUCAACAAAACAAUCCAAAGACGGAUAUAAACCUGGUCCUGCAUCAAAAUCCAACAGAACUCCACAUUCAUCAUCAAAACGAUCGUUGAUUGCAUCGUCUGAACCCCACAAAAAGUCACGUCGAUCCGACACGUAUACUUUACCAUCCAUUGAAACAAAAUAUCGUAGUCGUGUAAGUUCUGGCUAUGAACGAGAUGAACAUACAUCGCAACGACUUGUAGAACAAGACGAUCUAGUAUUACAGAUUGAACGACAAGAGUUGAAACUGAGGUUGGAAAAAAUCAAAAGUGAUAUUGAGAUUUACAAGUCGGAUGCCAUCAUGACCAAGAUCAAGGCUAGAAGAAGACUCAAAAGAUCGGGAGUAUCAGACACUCAAAUUGAUCGACUAUUACCACUUUGA